AUUUCAAACGUGAAUAUCGAAUAAUGGGUGACAAAACACCGAAGCGUUCACCCAGUGUCGGAAAUAAGGGUUUUUCUCCAGUUGCUCUGCCAGAGAGUCCAGCUGCUGCCUCUCCACAGAAAAACUUGACGGGAUUUCCACGGACCGUCAGGGAUUUGGCGGCGGAUGUUUACAAUAAUAUACAAAUGUGGAAUGAUCUACACAUUAAAGGCGCGAGUGUAGUCAAAGAAAUAGCCUCCAUAAAAGCAGAUAACCCAAAAGACUUUCCUGGAAACUUAGAAUGUCUCAUAAAUGAGUUGUAUGGGUUGGUGCAGUCCUUGCGGCCUUAUAAAGAUUCAUUAGUGACUUUUACCGCACAAAUGCGGGCUUUGGAAAAAUUACAAAGAAAUCCAGAACCUCUGUUUCUUUCUUUGGAUAUUCAUUCUUUGACGAAUUUAGUGGAAAAAAUAUCAGAAGCUUAUGAAGCUGAAUUUAAUGUGAAAAACUUCGUUUUGGAAAAUAUAAGUUAUGCAAAAAAUAAAGAUGAUGCUAUGUGUUUAGCGGCGCUGUGGACUUAUCAAACGAGAAUUACAAAUAGUGUUAAUCUGAAAUUGGAAACUUUGCUUGUUGAAACGGGCCACAGAAAGAUUACUUGAGUAAAAUUUUUAUUUCAUGUA